UUCGCUGCGACUUCGAGCGGCGGUUGUGGCGGCCGCGACGUCGCUGCGAACCAUGUCGCCGCGCCCUCCUCCUCCUCCACCGCAAGGGAGUCUCACCAAGAACCGCCGGAUGAGCAGCAAGAAUGGGGCGGAGCGGUCGGCCUACUUCGCCAGGAGGGAGGCGGCGAGGGUGCUGCGGCGCGUGCUCCAAGGCGACGAUGCCCGCCGCGCCACCGCCUCCAUCAAGUCCCUCGUCUACUCCCCCUCCGUCCGCAAUAAGAGGGCCACCUUCGCCCUGGUCUGCCAGACCCUCAAGUAUCUUCCGAUUCUUAAAGAUGUUUUAGCUGCAACUAGUAUACUGAAUAGAAAGUGGAAGAAGCAGGAGGAACUAAUAUAUGUUACUGCAUAUGAUAUUCUCUUUGGCCAGCAAACUGCAGUGAUGGGUGAUGUCGAGAAUUUUCUUAUACUUCAUAAAGAUUCACUUCAGACUGCAUUAGCACGAAAUUCUGCUAGACAUAAAGUUAAGAAAAUCGAAGACAUGCUCCAAAAGAAUGAUGUUAGAGUCACUAAACCUCGGUAUAUACGUGUCAAUACACUCAAAGUGGAUGCAGAGUCUGUUAUACGAGAGUUAGAGAAAUCUAAUUUUGCGGUCUCAAGAGAUGACACUAUCCCGGAUGUGUUAGUUCUUCCAUCUGGCAUUGAUUUGCAUGAUCAUCCUUUGGUUCUAAAUGGAAGUAUCUUCCUGCAGGGCAAAGCAAGUUCAAUGGUGGCUAUUGCAUUAAGUCCUAAACCAGGUUGGAAGGUUCUUGAUGCUUGUGCGGCUCCAGGAAACAAAACUGUCCAUCUUGCUGCACUUAUGAGGGGAAAGGGUAAAAUUAUAGCUUGUGAGUUUAAUGCGGAAAGGGUUAGAAUUUUAGAAAAGACUAUUCGACGGUCUGGAGCACCUAAUGUGGACAUUGUUAAUGGCGACUUUUUGGACAUAAAUACCAGUGACCCUGUGUUCAAAGAGGUUCACGCUAUUCUGUUGGAUCCUUCAUGCUCUGGAUCUGGAAUUUCAGCUGAAAGAUUAGAUUACCUUCUUCCAUCAUACAAAAAAGGUGAUGAUGCUGAUGCUUGCAACAGUGAGAGAGUAAAAAAGCUCGCUGCUUUUCAAAGAAAGGCUCUUUUGCAUGCACUGUCUUUUCCUGCAGUUGAACGUGUUGUGUAUAGCACAUGCUCAGUUCAUCAAACCGAGAAUGAGGAUGUAAUUAAAUCAGUCCUCCCUCUUGCAACCUCGCUCAACUUUGAACUUGCAACUCCUUUCCCACUGUGGCCUCACCGUGGCCGGCCAGUCUUUGAAGGUGCUGAACACUUGCUUAGGACUGAUCCAGCAGAAGACACGGAAGGGUUCUUUAUUGCAUUAUUUGUCAAGAAAUGUAACUCUGCUAACAAUAAGUUAUCGAGGAGAACAGUCCCUGGAAAGAGCAUGCCAUCUUUGUCGACGAAGUUUAUGAGAGGGGCCAGAUGUAAGCCUUACCCUUUCUGUAAAAUGUCAGCUAUGUGGUUAUAUAAACAUUUGGCAAAGCAAAGGACUAGGAAAAGCGGCCAUCUGAGGCGAAUGACGCAGAAAGGGUAAUUGGACCUGCCAAUGUUAUAUCUGUAUUUGAAUAUGGUUAAAGAGGCAGAAGGUAGAUUACUAUGUCUGAUAAAUACUAAUGUUUGUUGUUAGUUACAACCCGAUCUUUCUUCUCUUUUAAUCGCAGGUUAUUACUUGCUAUAGUGGAGCAACA